CGGAAGUGAAGUCGAGUCUCGAGCUUAACCUGACGUGGGUCAGGCAGUCGGGCUGGUUCCCCGGCGCCUCGGCCUGCUCUCGCCCUGUCCGCGGGGCCCGGAGCCCCUCUCCGCCGCCGCCGCCAUGCUGGACUUCUUCACCAUCUUCAGCAAAGGGGGGCUCGUGUUGUGGUGCUUCCAGGGCGUGCGCGGCCCCGCGGCGGCCUGCACCGCCCCCGUGAACGCGCUCAUCCGCUCCGUCCUCCUCCAGGAGCGAGGUGGCAAUAAUUCUUUCACCCAUGAAGCCCUUACGCUGAAGUACAAGCUGGACAAUCAAUUUGAGCUUGUCUUUGUGGUUGGGUUUCAGAAAAUCCUGACUCUAACUUACGUGGAUAAGUUAAUAGAUGAUGUCCAUAAGGAGUUCCGAGACAAAUAUCGAAAUGAGUUCCAACAGAAGGGAACUCUUGGGAUUCUCAAUGGCACCUUUGAUUUUAAAGAAGAUUUUUUACAUCUCCUACGGGAUGCAGAGGAGAGCAGUAAAGUCCGAGCUCCCACUGCCAUGAAGACUUUUGAACAGUCAGCAAAGUCCCAAAAAACAGUGAAAUCUAUGAUAGAAAACCGAGGAGAGAAACCAAAAGAGAAAACUAAGAAUAAGAAAAACAAAGGUUCCAAAAAAGAAGCUCCUGGAGGUGAAGCAGUUGCUGCCCCCAAAGCAGCCCCUCCUGUCAAGCAGGACCCUGGUACUGCAGCUGGGGACAGGGAAGAACUGACUAAGGAUGAGAUUCUGCAGAGGAACCGAGAGGAAUUCUUCAGGAAGCGCAUGAAAGUGGGAGAGAAGUCUAACAAGUCCCCAAAGCCGGAUGCUCAGAAGGAUAAGGGGAAGAAACCCAGAGUGUGGGAUCUGGGGAACUCAAAUGCCAAAGUACUUGAUUAUAGCAACUCCACUACCAAUGGAAAUGCAGACACUUGCCCCAUGGAGGAUUAUGAUGCAGAAAUGCUUGUCGGGGAUCGCAACCAUGAGCCUGGUCUUCUUCGUGAAAUUGAAUAUGAGAGUGAAGAGGAGAUGGAAGAGGAGAAGGUGGUUCAAAGCUCUUCAAGUACAAGUGCCAAGAAAGGUGGUCUUGGGGGCAUGUUUGGGAUGCUAAAGGGCCUCGUGGGCUCCAAAAGCUUGACCAGAGAAGACAUGGAUCCAGUGCUGGAAAAGAUGAAGGAUCAUCUGAUUGCUAAGAAUGUUGCUGCUGAGAUUGCUGUUCAGCUGUGUGAAUCUGUUGCAAAGAAGUUGGAAGGCAAAGUGAUGGGCACCUUUACUACGGUGACCUCAACGGUCAAGCAGGCCCUCCAGGAGUCUCUGGUGCAGAUCCUACAGCCCCAGCGUCGCGUGGAUGUCCUGCGUGAUGUGAUGGAUGCUCAGCGCCACCGCCGGCCCUAUGUCAUCACGUUUUGCGGUGUCAAUGGAGUGGGGAAGUCAACCAACCUAGCCAAGAUUUCAUUUUGGCUCAUUGAAAACGGGUUUAGUGUCCUGAUUGCUGCCUGUGAUACGUUUCGUGCUGGAGCCGUGGAGCAGCUGCGGACUCACACCCGCCGCCUGAAUGCUUUGCAUCCUCCGGAGAAUCACAGCGGUCGCGUCAUGGUCCAGCUCUACGAGAAGGGAUAUGGGAAGGAUGCUGCGGGCAUUGCCAUGGAGGCAAUCCAGUAUGCACGAAACCAAGGUUUUGAUGUGGUCUUGGUGGACACAGCUGGCCGAAUGCAGGACAAUGCCCCUUUGAUGACAGCUCUGGCCAAACUCAUUGCAGUCAACACCCCUGACCUUGUCCUGUUUGUGGGAGAAGCCUUGGUGGGAAACGAGGCUGUGGAUCAGCUGGUCAAAUUCAACAAGGCCCUUGCUGAUCACUCCGUGGCUCAGACUCCGCGCCUCAUUGAUGGAAUAGUACUCACUAAAUUUGACACCAUUGAUGACAAGGUUGGUGCUGCCAUCUCCAUGACGUACAUCACUAGCAAGCCCAUUGUGUUUGUGGGUACCGGACAAACCUACUGUGACCUGCGUAGCCUUAAUGCCAAGGCUGUGGUUGCUGCUCUCAUGAAAGCUUAAACCACCAGUUAUUGCACCAAAUUCCUGUCUGCAGAUCUCUCAGAAUGUGCUUUUCCAAUGUGACUGUCUUAGCACUUUUCUUUUCUUUCUCAUAGUGCGACACAGAAUGAAGGGAUGCCGGAAGGGGCUGUUUUCCCUGUCUUUUCAUCUUUGUCUUGGUUUCAUCAAUACACAUAACUUCCUCUUAUGUAAUGUGCAGGUUUAAUUCUGUUCCACUUCUUUGAAAUUAGCCUCAUGCUCUAAAAGGUUUUAAGGAAGGAAAAGUCCUUUCCUAGCUUUGGAAUUUGCUGUCCUCGCUGUCCUCCAGUCGGUCGACCCUCUUUCCUGUCUUCCUUCAUUCUGCCUCUUUGGCACACUGUUCAAGCCCUGAGCUUCGUAUUGCUCAUCCCAGGUUAAUGGGUGUCAUCGGACUUUGAGAAGAGGGGGGCUGCUCUACCUCUGCUUUAUUUAAAACUCAGUGAGCUCGCGGAGCCAUUUUCGAUUAUGUUUUAGUGGCAAAGCAUGGUUAGGUGUUACCAUGAUAAACAGGCUGUUUUCUAAUAGGAUAGAGAGAGAUGCUUUUAGCAAGUCAAGCUUUGGCCUUGCAGCUUGCUUUGAUCCGAAGCUUUCCAACUCUUCCCUGAGACCUGCUGCUUCCAGAGGGGCAGGCUGCGGAUGCCUUAAAAAUGCCCUCCUAUCUGUGUUCUCACAGCAGGGCUAGCCAGGCGCUGCCCCAGGCUACUCUUGGUUAUGCAAAGUUUGCAGGGCGCUGUGAGGCCUUUGGACAGACUUGCAAACCAAGGGCACCCCUGAUUUCGAAUUACAGUUCAUCAGAGAGAAAGCUGCUUUUGUUGCAUUUUUGAGGUGCUAUAUACAGACCACUGCUCAAAUCAUUGCACAAAUAUCAGAUCCUGUUUGUGUUGAACUUCUCUGUUGGUGGUGAGCACACGCUGUAAUUUUGCACAACCAUACACCCAAGCUUCAUCGGCAGUGCUGAAGCAUGGGAUACACAAUGCUGCAAACAACCUCCUUUGCCCUUCUCCCUUCUCAUGCAAACAAGGAAAAAACUUAGUUUGGAUAAAGAAAGAGCUAGUUGUGUGGAUUUUGAUUCUUAUCUAUAAGCAUAUUAAAUCAAAGAGUGGGCAACGCUUCAAUGACCCCCUUCCCUUGUUUACAGAGGAUACGUUUCAGUCUCUCACUGCCUCACCUCUUAGGCUUUCCUGCCCAAUCACCAGAAGUCAGAGGAAGCCUAGCCCACAGAAGUCUUGACUUGCGUAAAUGCGCUGGCUUUCUCCUCACAAAACCAGCAUGUGAAAGGGAUUUUCUGGUGGGAGUAAUAAUGCUGUGGCCGCUUGCUGCUUUUCUGCUGUCCACUUCCCCCUCCCUUCAGAGUGCCUCUUGAUCCUGGUAUAAAGUGCUAUGUUGAAUAAUACAAAACUCUUACGAGGAUGUCUUGUAGCUCGGUAUUGCAGAUGUGCUGUAGUGCAAUAAGUUGAAUGCUGUCUGCUAAAAAGUAAUUUAUAUAAUAAAAUUUAUUUAAGAAAAAAA